AUGAACCGAACAUGGGAACUCAAAACGCAGUUACAUUUCAACUAAUUCAACUUCCCGGGUUCCGGUUUCUUAUAAAGCAGUAAAAAUUUGAUAUUUCAAAACGCAUGCGAAACACCACCAUCUUCUUCAUCGAGCGAAUCAGCUAUAGUCUCAAUAUCUCUGCAUACUCUCUCCAUGCUGAAAAUGACACAAUUCAAAUCUGAAAAAGUGUUGCAGCUAGUUGAAGCUACGGAUAAACUGAUCUCUCCCGGAAUCAAUGUUGGGGAUGUGAAGAAGUUUCAAGAGGCAGGUAUCUACACCUGCAAUGGCUUGAUAAUGCAUAUGAAGAAGAGGGAGGCAGUUGUUAGCAACACAACUAGAAGCCAUUCUUUGGAUAAUGUCUUGAGAGGAGGGAAGAAAGAAACUUCAGCAAUCACUAAACCUUUUGGUGAAUCUAGGUAACAGUCAAGUAUUGAUUAUUGCUUUAGCUUUGCGGUAGAAGCACUAUUAGAAAAUUUAACCUAACUCUACUGAGUGAACAAUUUGUUCGGAUCUGGAAAGACAACUUCCGGAUACUCUCUGUGUGUCUAUCAGGUUCACCUCUGAUCUUAGUCGGAAGAAAUGAAACAUCUCCUUUGUAUGCUUUAUUUACACAUAAUAAUGGCAUCAUCCAGGAUUUGACAAGAUUGUCAUUGAUUUGUCUGAUUUAUUGCCUCUUCCUACUAGUUAUAGGGAUUAUAUGAUGAAAAUGAUUAAUAAAGCUCCAUUUCUUUUAGAAAGCUAACAGAGAUCCUUUUAACUUUCACCCUUAGUAGACUAUAGUGUGUCAACUUUAAAAUUUUUAUUCUCUAACUUGUGGCUUAAAGUUGGGUGAUCGUACAAUAGCUAAAUUAUCACUGUGACUAUAUAAACUAUUGUAAAUUUCUAACCUUAAAGUGUUACAGAAUUCUAAUUUAAAUACGCAUGGCGGUUACCUGUCUUUUCUAGAGGAAAGAACGAAUUUGAAUUCCGGAAACCCUUUUAGUAGAGAUGAAGUUAGUAUUACAAUGCAAGGCCUAUAGUUUCUUUAUUGAAUGUUAUUGAAAAUAAUUAGUUGGAUUGUUCACAUAUAUAGUAG